AUGAGAUAUACGUUUACCUGUGAUCAUCUGAUACUCCUUUAUUUGAUGGUCAGCUUGACUUUCAAGAUCUACAAUUGUCAACAUGCUUGUGACGAAAUGGAUUUGGAUAGAGCAAGUAAACUAGUAUUUGAACGUGAAUCACAUGAAUAUUCUGUUUAUUAUCAUUAUUCCCGGAUGAUUCGCCUAAAUCAGCCCUCUCCUAUUGUUAAUGGAACGUUUGAAAAAUUGUAUACUGAUCAACUUCAGAGGAUUAUUCCAAAAUUCUCUUUAAAAUUUUAUGGCACUGACGUCACUAGCCUCAAAAUUACAGAAGAUGGUUUAAUAGAAAUAUACGGAGAAAAGUUCUCAGGAGAAAUUGACCAUCAUGUGUCUGACAUUAAUUCGUCUGAAUGGGAGAUUUCGAGUGAUGAGAACUUACUGGCUCUCAGAUGGUCUUUGCAGUUAUCAAAUGGCACAUUCAAAAUAACUACUCUGAUACAUUCGAAUGGAAAGAUAUCCUUCUAUUAUGAUAACGUACCUUGGAAAUAUGAAAACUACCAUUCACGAUCGGAAAUUUUUGGUUCCUUUGAGUGUGGAGACGAAGUUAAAGCAGCCGUUGCUAUACAUGUCGAUGGAAAAUGGGUCAAAAGUGGAACGUUAGUGGAGUAUGAAGUUUCCGGUGAUUGUCCAAAACACAAUUCCAGCGAAACAUGUCAAAGCUCAGCAACAUCGAAUACACAGUGUUUUUGGUGUGAGAUGGCGGACAGGUGCAUCGUCGACAAUAUUAAGGAUAUUCAUGACUUCAAAGUAAAUGGUUGCCAGAUUGGAAUUAGCUCGAAUGACAACCUAUUGAGUGCAUCAACCACUGUCGAAGAAUCUACAACAACUCCAAGUAUAAGUGAAUCUGACCUAAUAGAUGAAUCACAGAGAACUGACAAAGAACCUGAAUCAGAUUUGAAUAGCUCGAGUGACAACCUAUUGAGUACACCAACCCCUGUCGAAGAAGCUACAACAACUCCAAGUAUAAGUGAAUCUGACUUAAUAGAUGAAUCACAGAGAACUGACCAAGAACCUGAAUCAGAUUUGAAUAGCUCGAGUGACAACCUAUUGAGUGCACCAACCACUGUCGAAGAAUCUACAACAACUUCAAGUAUAAGUGAAUCUGACCUAAUAGAUGAAUCACAGAGAACUGACCAAGAACCUGAAUCAGAUUUGAAUAGCUCGAGUGACAACCUAUUGAGUACACCAACCCCUGUCGAAGAAGCUACAACAACUCCAAGUAUAAGUGAAUCUGACUUAAUAGAUGAAUCACAGAGAACUGACCAAGAACCUGAAUCAGAUUUGAAUAGCUCGAGUGACAACCUAUUGGGUGCACCAACCACUGUCGAAGAAUCUACAACAACUUCAAGUAUAAGUGAAUCUGACUUAAUAGAUGAAUCACAGAGAACUGACAAAGAACCUGAAUCAGAUUUGAAUAGCUCGAGUGACAACCUAUUGGGUGCACCAACCACUGUCGAAGAAUCUACAACAACUUCAAGUAUAAGUGAAUCUGACUUAAUAGAUGAAUCACAGAGAACUGACAAAGAACCUGAAUCAGAUUUGAAUAGCUCGAGUGACAACCUAUUGAGUGCACCAACCACUGUCGAAGAAGCUACAACAACUUCAAGUAUAAGUGAAUCUGACUUAAUAGAUGAAUCACAGAGAACUGACCAAGAACCUGAAUCAGAUUUGGUAAGUAGUUGA